AAACAUAGUUGCGGUUGCAACAAUACCUAAAAUUGUCCCACAAAAAAGCUAUUAUUUGGAUUGAACUAUCUAAAAUCAUGUUAAAACUACAUUUACCACUUGUUUAUCUAUGUCUCUACCUCGGUUUUAUCUCAGCGCAACAGUAUAUAACUAUUUGUCCAGCGAAUGUCGGAUGCAUGAAGGGUCGUUACAUGAACGGCUAUCAAUCGGACAAAUUUGAGGCAUUCUUGGGAAUUCCCUAUGCCGAACCACCUUUAGGGCAACGAAGAUUCAGGAGCCCCGUAUGGAAGCCCAAAUGGGAUCACAUUAUUGACGCUUCAUUGGCGAAACCAGAUUGCAUACAAAAGAAUUAUCUUUUACCUACUCCAAUAGUAUAUGGAGAAGAGGAUUGCCUUUACUUAAAUAUUUACAGACCAGUGCUUCGAGCAGGUCUUUUACCCGUAAUGGUCUACAUCCACGGCGGAGGUUUCUUCAGCGGCUCAGCUUCACCUAUAAUAACUGGACCGGAGUAUAUUAUGGACACAGGGGAGGUAAUCUUGGUCACAAUGGCCUAUAGAUUGGGGGCUUUAGGUUUUCUUUCUACUGGAGAUGCGAAUAUGCCUGGUAAUUUUGGUCUUAAAGAUCAACAUUUGGUAUUUAAGUGGAUCCAAAAUCAUAUAGAGGCUUUCGAUGGUGACAAGAGAAAGGUUACUAUAUUUGGUCAGAGUGCUGGGGCCGUUGCCACCCAUUUGCAUAUGUUGAAUCCAAAUUCCGAGAAUCUCUUCCAUAACGUGAUUAGUAUGAGUGGCACUGCCAAUGUUCCUUUUGCUAUUACUCAAAAUCCUCUGGAACAAGCUAGAAAAACUGCGGAACUGUGUGAAAUCCCGAAUGCGAAGAAAUUAAGUACAGCCGAGCUUACCAAGGCCCUAAGAGAAGUGGACGUAUUAAAGCUAAUUAAUGCCGGUGAUGGCCUGAAAUAUUGGGAUGUGGAUCCCUUAACCAACUACCGUCCGGUCGUAGAGCGCGCAGGACCAGAUUCGAUCAUAACAGCUGAUCCAGAAGUGUUGAUGAAAAGAAACUAUCAACGACGGCCUUGGCUUAUUGGAACCGUCCCUGAAGAAGGAGCCGUCCGAGCUAUCAAUAUUUUGGAAAAUUCUAGAUUACUAGAUUCGUUCAAUACUUAUUUUGAUUAUUUACUUCGGGAAUUAAUGGAGUGGCCCAAUAGGUAUUCACAAGGACAAAAGGGGCAUAAAACAGCUGUAGUCGUAACUGAAUACUUUAGAGGCGUUUGGAGUUUAAGAAAGACCAACAAGCAGGGCCUUUUGGACUCGAUCUCCGACAGAGGUUUCAGGCAUCCUCUCUAUAAAGCUCUUCAACAACAUUAUCAGUAUAGAGGACAACUAAGCUGGUAUUCUCAUUUCAUGUACAGUUUCAAUUAUAAGGGUCCUAUUAGUUAUGCCUCACUUUUUACCCAAGCGAAUGUAACCGGGAAAUAUGGAGUUGUUCAUUGCGAUGACUUGUUAUAUUUGUUCCGCACUCCUCUUUUAUUUCCCGAUUUUGAUAAGAAAUCCACAGAGGCUAAGGUAAUCGACAGAUUUGUAAAUUAUAUCGUCAAUUUCGCCAGAUAUGGAUUUACCAUCGAUGCUCCACCUGUCGGUGCAUGCGGAUAUCAAGUCCUAGCUGCAAGACCCCAUGGCAUUUGUGAUUAUCAUGAAUUUGUGAACAAUGCUUCAAAUCCAUUUGGAUAUGAAAUACGAGUAAAUUCUAACUUUCCAACUGAGUAUGUUAGAUUAUGGCAAGAAUUAUUGGACGAGAAAAAUAAUAAAUAAUCUACUACUUAGUAAACACUAGGCCCGGAAGUUCCAAAAGUAAUUGCAGCUAAAUCUCGAUUUCAUACUAAAAAUGGCAUUUUCUAUUAAAAAGUGUUUACAUAAGGCACAAAACACCGAACUUAACAAAUAAUUGCAUGCUCUUUAAAUCAAUAAGUUUUGACUUAUUUGUUAAUGGUGGUAGUUAUCAAAAGAUGGUGGAAUAUUUUUUACAUUUAUACAAUAGUCCGCACGUUUUAAUUUCUCUCUCCCAAAACAAUAAUACAUUUUAUGAAUAUCGAUAUUUGAUAAAGGACGUUGCCAUGAGAGCAAGAGCCAAUAAAAUUGAUAUAUAUGAGAUAUA